AUGAAAAAAAUAGUGAGUGAAAACUUUAAGGUUUGGCAUAAAAAAUUGUAUGAAGCCCUUUGGGCUGACCAUACAUCGCCAAAGAGGGCAAUUGGGAUGUCUCCAUUUGAACUGGUUUAUGGUGCAGGCGCUCAGGUAGCACUUCCUUUGGAGCUGGUAGCUACUAAGCUACAAACUGUCAUUGAAGACGCUUAUUUCCAUAAUUAUUUAGAAAAGUGGAUUAUGCACUUGAUGAGAAUUGAUGAAGAAAGGGAAAAACUAGUGGACCGGAUAACAGAACACCAGAUGAGGGUGAAGAGGAUAUUUUACAAGCGAGCAAGGCUGCGGAAGUUCAUGCUAGGUGAUCAGGUACUGCUCUGGGACAGAAGAAGAGAGCCCAAGGGAGCGCACGCCAAGUUUGAAUCACUCUGGAAAGGACCAUUCUUGAUUAAUGAGGUAAAAGGACCGAAUUCUUUCAAACUUGCAUAUCUGGAUGAUAUUGUUCUUCCUCUGAUCUAUAUUGGUCAAGAUUUGAAAUUAUAUCAAUUGUAA